AUGAGCGAUCCCAAAGAGAAGCAUGACGAGAGCCUCGGCCAUAAGCUCAAGCUUCCCUUCCGCGAGCUCAAAGACAAGAUCGACAACAAUGACCACAUCCGCGACGCGAAAAUCCGCAUGAUCCAACAGAAGCACAAGAUCGGCAAGUUUGCGAAUCUAUUCAACCCCCAACAUCGCCAUGACGAGGCGCACGAGAAAGCCUGCGACGCGAAGCGCAGCAAGAUCGCCGAAUCGCAUCGCUUUGAUUCCUAUUUUCCCGAGCGCGAGGGCAACAUAGCGAAGUGGUAUGUGGAUGGUAGAGACUAUUGCUGGGCCGUGUCCGCCGCUCUUGAGGGCGCAAAGGAGACGAUAUACAUUGCAGACUGGUGGCUGUCGCCUGAGCUCUUUAUGCGCCGACCCCCUUACUUCAACCAGGAGUGGCGCCUCGACCAGAUUCUCAAGCGGCGCGCCGAGGCAGGCGUCAAGAUCUAUGUCAUCGUCUACCGCGAGGUCCAGGCCGCUCUGACGUGCAACUCGGAGCAUACCAAGCAUGCACUCCAGGCCCUGUGUCCCGAGGGCUCCCCUGGCUAUGGCAACAUCACCAUCAUGCGCCACCCCGAUCACAACGUCUUGGAGAACGCCGCCGACAUGACUUUCUAUUGGGCCCACCAUGAGAAGUUCGUCAUUGUUGACUACGAAGUCGCCUUCAUUGGCGGCUUGGAUCUCUGCUUUGGCCGCUGGGACACGCACCAACACGUGCUAGCUGAUGUGCACCCAGAGGGCGUCACCAACGAGGUGUGGCCAGGUCAGGACUUCAACAACAACCGCGUCAUGGACUUUAAGAACGUGCAGGACUGGAAGCAGAACGAGCUGAGCAAGGCCGAAAAUGGCCGCAUGCCCUGGCACGACGUUGCCAUGGGCAUCAUUGGGCCGGCUAUAUACGACAUUGCCGAACACUUUGUUCUUCGCUGGAACUUUAUAAAGAGAGAUAAGUAUAAGCGAGAUGCCCGGUUUGACUGGAUCGAGCUGCAAGGACGUCAGGGUGAUGAUGAGGAUCUUGUGGGCGUCCAAAGGCCUGGCCAUCCGGUGGGUGACUAUGUACUCCACCCGCUGUCCUCCUUAGAUACCAAGAACCUUGCCGAUCGCGGCACUGUCCACGCCCAGAUUGUACGCUCCAGUGCAGACUGGUCCAGUGGCAUCCUCACAGACCACUCCAUCCAGAACGCCUACAGCGACCUCAUCCGUAACGCGCAACACUACGUCUACAUCGAGAACCAGUUCUUCAUCACAGCAACGGGAGACAAGCAGAGCCCAAUUCACAACACGAUAGGCCGUGCUAUCGUAGACGCCGUCGUCCGCGCCGGGAAAGAGGGACGCAAGUUUCGGGUCAUCAUCCUGAUCCCUGCCGUGCCCGGGUUUGCGGGCGACCUGAGGGAUGACGGCGCACUCGGGACUCGUGCCAUUAUGGACUAUCAAUACAAGUCUAUAUGCCGAGGGGAGCACAGCAUAUUCGAGCAGAUCCGGAAGCAGGGGGUCAAUCCGAAGAAGUACAUUUACUUCUUCAACCUCCGGAGCUAUGACCGCCUAAACAAGACACCCGCCAUCAAGAAGCAGGAGGAGCAGUCGGGCCUCAAGUACCAGGAUGUGCAACGGGCCGAGGCCGAAGAGAUUAUGGGUGAGGGUGUGAACGGGACUAUCGAUUCCGAGGUCGGUCACGAUAAACACAUAGGCAAACGACGCGAACAGGACGCUUCAGCCCACGGGGUACUUCACAAGAACGUAGCAGAAGAGCGCAAGCCGACUGCCGAAGAGAAGGCGACAGAUACCAAGCGACGCUUCGAAGCAGCCCAGCCCGAGGGGCAGCAUACGGAUUCGCCGUCUGGCGUCGGACAGCGUGCCAUGGCCGGACAACCUCUGGUUUCUGAGGCGCAUUGGGACGGAAAGCCGGAAGAGGAGGUCGCCAACUGGAUACAGGAAGAGCUCUACAUCCACGCCAAGCUUCUCAUCGUCGAUGACCGGACUGUAGUGUGCGGCUCGAGCAACCUCAACGACCGAAGUCAACUAGGAUAUCACGACAGCGAGCUGAGCAUCGUCUUGGAGGAUACGGAACGAUUCUCGUCCACCAUGGCCGGAAAGCCGUACGAGGCAGGGUGGCACGCCGCGACGCUGAGGCGCUAUCUGUGGCGAGAACAUCUCGGACUAUUACCGCCACAGGAGCUGGACGGCAGCAACGACCCGAAUGCCCAGCCGCCGGGCGACGAUUCGCCAAAUAAUGUCUAUGACAAGGACAAGUCGUGGAAGCUCGUAGAGGACCCCCUGAGUGACGAGCUGUGGGAGAUGUGGACUAGCCGGGCGACGAAGAACACCGAGGUCUUCAGGCAUCUGUUUCACGCUGACCCCGAUGACCAUGUCAAAACAUUUGACGACUACAACGCCUUCCUCCCAGCAAGGGGCGUGAAACCGGGACACAUAUUCGACCGAAUGGUUCCUCCAGGCGAUAUUCGGAGCAAGCUGGACGAAGUCAAAGGUCAUCUGGUGUGGAUGCCUCUAGAUUUUCUCAAGGACGCUCAGAUGGCGGAAAAGGGGAUGCAGGUCAAUUCGUGGACGGAGAGCGUCUACACGUAG